AUGAGAGCAGGACAAGGUCUGCUUCUCUUCACCCAGCCCGCAUAUAAUGCUACUAUCUUUGAAAACUCUGCUGCAAGAACAUAUGCCAGAAGCCUGAUCAAAAUGGGCAUCGUUCUUGGCCCACCUCGGUCUUUAGAUAUAAAAUACUCCAUUGAGUCGGGAGACAACGAGGGAAUCUUUCAGACUGAAGCAUUUUUAAUUGGAGAUUUUUGUUUCCUUCGUGUACGUACGAACGGGGGCAGUGGGGCCAUUUUGAAUCGGGAAGUACAGGACAAUUACACGGUGACUGUUAAGGCAUCUGCCCAAGGCGGCCUAGAGGCCUUAGCUUCUGUUUAUAUCAAGGUCUUGGAUACCAAUGAUCUCAGACCUCUCUUUUCCCCAACCUCAUAUUCAUUCGUUGUCCCCGAAAGUGCCCCUUUGGGUGCCAGCAUUGGACGUGUAACAGCCACAGAUGCUGACAUGGGCUCCAAUGGAGAGUUCUACUACUUCUUCAAGAACAGAGUUGACCUCUUUGCUGUACACCCAACCAGUGGGCUCAUAACCCUAACAGGUCAGCCCAGAAUAGACAAACAAGACACAUUCGAGUUGGAGGUACAGGUGGUUGACAGAGGCAUGAAACUCUAUGGGAACAAUGGUAUCAGCAGUACUGCCAAGCUGUUCUUAAGUGUGGGGCGGGUGAAUGAAUUUGCCCCUGUUAUCAGUGCAGUUGCAAUCCUUCCAUCAUGGCUGGACAAGGACCCAAUCUAUGCCAUAGUGACUGUGGAGGACAAAGACGAUGGGGUAUCAGGGGAUGUAGAGUGGGUAUCCAUCAUUGAGGGUGACCCCUUUGAACAGUUUGUGGUGGAUCGAUCACCUGUCGGGAAUGAAUACAGGGUUAAAUCAUCAGACACAGUCGACUGGGAUUCAUUCCCUUAUGGCUGCAACUUAACCUUCCAGGCCAAAGACAGGGGUACACCUCCUAAGUUCUCUAAUACACAAGUUGUUCAGUUAUUAGUCACUAAACCAGAGCCUGUGUUGGCGAAUUUUGAGAAGGAUGUUUAUGUAGUCAAGCUGAGUGAAAUAGCUCCCCCAGGCACUAUUGUAGAGGUGGUGAAAAUCUCCCCAGCUCCUCUGAGUGUCAAUUACAGCUUCAGCAGCCUCUCAGAUCCAAUGUACUUUGAUAUAAACCCUUUGACUGGAGUUAUUAUGACCACGAGGCAGCUGACAAGGAUAUCACAGGAUUUCAUGGAGAUGGAGGUGGUUGAUAUUUAUAGUCAGAAGCAAGCAAGGGUCCAAAUCACCAUAGAGGAUGCUAAUGAUAACUCUCCCCUGUUUAACAGGCCAUUCUACGAUGUUGCGGUCAAUGAAAGCUUACCUGUAGGAACUGUUGUUCUUGUGGUGUCAGCGGUGGAUGAUGAUAAGGGGGAGAAUGGAUAUGUCACCCUCACAAUAAGUGGUGAAAAAUCUCUUCCUUUUAGCAUAGAUCAGGACACAGGGGAGGUGAGGAUAACAAGAGAUCUCGACUUUGAGUCUUCAGAGGAUGUCUAUACGUUUGCCGUACGGGCCUCUGAUUGGGGUUCACCCUACAGAAGGGAGAGUGAAGUUAAUGUCACAAUUCGUCUUAUAAAUAUCAAUGACAACCAGCCUCUUUUUGAGAGUGUUUCUUGCAGGGGGAUGAUAAGCCGGGAAUUCCCGAUCAGGGAGACUAUUGUCACCCUAUCAGCUGUAGACAUGGAUGAGCUGGGAAUGGUAAAGUACAAAAUACUAUCCGGGAAUGAGUUAGAUUAUUUUGACUUGAACCCAGACUCUGGGGCCUUGUUGUUAAAAAGAUCUUUAGCAGUGGAUAAUUUAAAAAGUGGGGUCUUCAACUUGAAAAUUGUUGCAACAGAUGGAGAGAUGUUCUCUGAUCCCACUUUCGUGAAUGUAUCUGUGGUGAGGGGCAGGAUGCCAGCCAAGGGGUUCAACUGCAGGGAGACCAGGGUAGCCCAGUUGCUGGCUGAAAAAAUGCUCGCCAAAGUGUCCGCAAUGUCUAGACCGAGAACAGACGAGACAUACGUAGACAUUUUCUCCAUGAACAAACAGGCUCCACAGUUUGAAGCCUUGCCCACGAGUAUUUUAGUGAGAGAAGACCUUGCUGCUGACGCCAGUGUAUUUCAAGUGAGAGCCCGAGAUGGUGACACUGGCUUCAACGGCCGUGUUCUCUUUUCCAUAUCCGAUGGUAACAAAGAUAACUGCUUUAAAAUCAACAUGGAGAAUGGUCUGAUUACUGUAUUGCAGUCCCUGGACCGCGAGAGAGCGGAUCGUUACUUCCUUAAUAUCACCAUCUAUGAUCAGGGCAUUCCUCAGAUGUCCAAUUGGAGAUUACUGACCGUGAUAAUAGAGGAUGCAAAUGACAAUGACCCCCAGUUCUAUGAGGACAAUCCCUCAGCUCUUGUUCCAGAAAAUUCAGCCAUUGGCAUGGAAGUUGUAACCAUGACUGCAUUUGACAGAGACAGUGGUCAAAAUGGACAGCUCACCUAUGUCAUGCUGACCAGUGUCCCCCAGUUUGGCAUUGACAGCGAAACAGGGAGUGUAUUUGUUGCGAGCCACUUGGACAGAGAAACCUUCCCAAUGUUCAUACUGAAGAUUGAAGUGAGAGACAAGGCCGAGAGAGGCACUCGAAGAUCUUCAGUGACUACCCUGACUAUAAUAGUGGAGGAUGUCAAUGAUUGCGCCCCAGUUUUCAUCCCAAGCAGCUAUAGUGCUCGGGUGCUUGAGGACCUCCCGCCAGGGGCUGUGAUUACGUGGGUGCAGGCUCAAGACCCUGACAUUGGCCCAGGGGGACAGGUCCGAUACUCCUUGCUUAAUGACUUCAAUGGCACAUUUGAGGUCGAUUCUAUGAGUGGAGUGUUGAGGAUAAGGAAAGAGUUGGACUUUGAAAAACAACAGUUUUUCAACCUGACAAUGCUCGCCGAAGACAGGGGAAUACCCAGCCUCAUCAGUCAGACGUACGUGGAGGUGGAGGUGGUGGAUGUCAAUGAGAAUUUGUAUGCACCCUACUUCUCCGACUUUGCUGUGAGAGGCUCAGUGAAAGAGAACUCUCGUGCAGGAACAAGUGUCCUGACAGUGAGCGCAAAGGACGACGACAAGGGACGUGAUGGCGUCCUGAGGUACUCUGUCAGAGGAGGCAGCGGACUGGGCACUUUCACCAUUGAUGAAGACACAGGGGUGAUUUACACUGCUGGUAUCCUGGACUGUGAGACCAAAGACUCCUAUUGGCUUACAGUUUAUGCCACAGACAGAGGGGUCACACCCUUGUCAGCUUCUGUUGAAGUCUUCAUACAGGUAGAAGACGUAAACGACAAUGCUCCUCUCACCUCUGAUCCAAUCUACCACCCAGUCGUCAUGGAGAACUCUCCGAAGGAUGUGUCAGUCAUCCGUAUCCAGGCGCAGGACCCUGACCUCACCGCCACGCCCAGUCGGCUGAGUUAUCGCAUCAGUGCUGGCAACCCGCAGAAUUUCUUCUCUAUCAACCCCAAAACAGGCCUGAUCACAACAACUGCGAGGAAACUGGACCGAGAACAACAGGCUGAGCACUUUUUAGAGGUAACAGUCAUAGACGGCCCAGUAACCACCCGCCAGUCCACCGUGUGGGUAAUAGUUCACAUCGAGGAUGAGAACGACAACCCACCCACCUUCCCUGAGGUCACAUACCGCAUCAGCCUGACCGAACGAGACCGCAACAAGCGUGGGGAACCAGUCUAUCGUGUCUUCGCUUAUGACCGGGACCUCGGUGCAAAUGGUAACAUCACCUACAGCAUCAUUGAUGGAAAUGAGGACGAUAAGUUCAGUAUCGACCCCAGAACGGCUAUGGUGUCAUCAAAGAAGAUGGUGACAGCUGGAAGCUAUGAUAUCCUCACUAUUAAAGCCGAGGACAGCGCUCCUCCCUUAUGGUCGACUGUCAAACUCCACGUCGAGUGGAUUCGCAAACCUGUCCCCUCGCCCGUGCCUCUCCAAUUCACCCAGAGGUACUACAACUUCUCUAUCCUGGAGACGGCUGCUGUAGCUCAGCCAGUGGGAGUAGUCGCUGUCAGCCAGUCGAGUACACCUCUUUGGUUCAACAUCAUCGGUAACUUUGACAUGCAGUUUGACCUUCAAGUCGGGGUGGGGACUCUAGUUGUAGCCAAGCCUCUGGAUGCAGAGGUGCAGUCCGUCUACAACAUGACCAUACAGGUGACAGAUGGGACCAACUUCGCCAUGGCACAGGUGUUCAUUCGAAUACAAGACAGCAACGACAAUCCUCCCAUCUUUUCCCAGCCAGCCUAUGAUGUCAGCAUCUCUGAGGAUGUACCGGUUGAUAUGGAGCUUGUGCGGGUUAGAGCCACAGACGUGGAUGAACGUUCCCGUCUGAGCUUCUCCAUCUACGGCAGCGUGGACCCAGCUAGUAUGAGACUGUUCCGGGUCAAUCCUGGCACGGGAGUCGUCUACACUGCAGACAGGCUGGACUACGAGGCCAGAACACAGCACAUCAUCACUAUUAUGGUCAAGGAUCAAGAGUUUCCAUUUAACCGUGACCUGGCUCGUAUCCUGAUAGCGGUGGAGGACUCCAAUGACAACAUCCCCUACUUCACCAGCACUGUAUAUGACGCUGUGGCAUAUGAGUCUUCCCCUAUAGACACUUCUGUACUGCAAGUGACAGCCUUAGACAAAGACAAUGGGAUUAAUGGAAAACUCACCUAUAGUAUCGAAGCAGGUAACAGCGGUGGUGUGUUUGGCAUUGAUAAUACCACGGGGCUUAUCUACAUUGCCAAGGACUUGGACACCAACUCUCUAGGCUUUUACACACUCACCGUGCGUGUCACAGACAGUGGAUUUCCUCCGUUAAUGGCCACAGCUACAGCACGCAUAUCCUUGAUCCUCUCCGACUUCUCCAAACCCAAAUUCUCUCAGAAAGAGUAUCAGGCAGAGAUUAUGGAGAACAGCACUAUAGGAACACAUGUGACCACUGUUAGUGCUCUCAGCCGCUCCGCGCUCUUUUAUGAUAUCACCAGGGGCAACGAGGAGCACAGCUUCUUCAUCAACCAUCACACUGGUGUAAUAAGUACCCGCAAACCACUUGACUUUGAGCAAACAUCCUCCUACCUCCUGGUGGUGCAUGCUCUGAGCAUGGCUGGAGGAGCAAGCACUACUGUUAUCAUUCAGGUGGGGGAUGUCAAUGAUUGCCCCCCUAUCUUCCAACAAAUCAGGUAUGUGGGAGCAAUCAGUGAGGCUGCUCCAGUGAACAGUGUGGUGAUGGGAGAGGAUGGUUACCCUCUUGUCAUACAGGCCACUGACAGGGAUCGCAAUCACAACGCCUUGCUAGAGUUCCAGAUUUUAGAUGAGACUGCUCGUAUAUUUUUCAGCGUAGACUCUGGGACAGGAUCGAUAAGAACGAUUGCAAGUCUGGACUAUGAGACUUUCUCUGAGUUUGUCUGAGUUCACGUUCGAGACAGCGGUCAGCCUCCAAAGAGUGCUGACAGCCCAGCAGAGGUGGUUAUAAAGGUGAUCAACAUCAAUGACUCGCCUCCAAAGUUAUUACAGGAUACCUACGAGACAAUACUCCUACUGCCGACCUACGUGGGAGUGGAGGUCCUAAAGGUUGAGGCUUUCGACCCUGACAUGACUGCUGACCUCACCUGAGCCCGGACAUCCAUCACGCCCCAGCUGGUAUAUUCUCUGGUGGACAGCAAUGUGGAGUACUUCUCUGUGGAGCGCUACACUGGACUAGUAACUGUCAUUAAUGAGAACCUCAGUAAAGACCGGUACCGCUUCAAUGUGAAGGUUUGGGAUGGCCGUUUCUCCAGCACGGCGUCGGUCAUUGUGCUUGUAAGAGAAGCCGUUGACAGUGGCCUUCUCUUCACCUUCCCCUUCUACUCCGCCUCCAUCCAAGAGAACGUGCCAAAUGUCACUCGAGUAACUGUUGUAAAUACAGUCGGCCACCGCCUCAACGAGCCGCUGAAGUACACUCUGCUGAACCCCGGCGGGCGCUUCACGAUCCGGCCGACCUGCGGAGUGGUGCUCACCACCGGUGUGCCUUUUGACCGAGAGGAGAAGAGUAGUUAUGAGCUUGUGGUGGAGGUCAGCAGAGAGGAUGAGAUACUCAGGGUGGCUAGAGUGAAUGUGCAAGUUCAGGUGGAAGACGUUAACGACAAUGCUCCAGAGUUUGUGAACCUCCCAUACUAUGCUUUAGUGCAAGUGGAGGCAGAGCCAGGAUCAGCCAUUUUCACUGCUUCAGCGAUUGACAGAGAUUACGGCCUGAAUGGUGAAGUGACUUACAGCCUUAAGGAGCAGCACAGGAACUUUCAGGUGAACCCAGUGACAGGAGCGCUGACCCUAAAGAGGGCCUUUGAGGCAGACUUAUCUAACGCAGAGUACAAGGUAGUCCUUGUGGCCACUGACGGAGGCUAUCCUUCUCUAUCCAGCGAGGUGGAGCUGCCUGUCACUGUAGUAAACAAAGCCAUGCCUGUGUUUGACAAGCCCUUCUAUGGAGUCACCGUCAGAGAGGAUGUGUCCGUCUCCACCUCUGUGCUGUGCAUCAACGCCACCAGUCCUGAAGGCCAGAGCAUCAUCUUCACCAUCUCAGACGGAGACCCAUCCCUCCAGUUUGACAUUGGCUUCGACUCAGGAAUCAUCAAUGUGAUUUACCCAUUAGACUACGAGACCACGCAGUAUUACCGCCUCACAGUGAAGGCUACAGACACACUGACGGGGGCCAAGUCCGAGGUUGAUGUUGACAUCGUCGUGCUGGAUGUGAAUGAUAACGCGCCGCUGUUUCAGAACACCUCAUACUCCUCUGUGGUCGCUGAGAACUCCAUGAUUGGAACCACAGUGUUACAGGUGUUUGCCCAGGACCAAGACUCAGAGAAGAACGCCAUAGUGAAUUACCAGAUCCUGUCUGACCUCUACAACAGCUCCGACUACUUCCUCAUCGACAGCACAAGCGGGCUGGUAUUCACCGCCCGCCUGCUCGACUAUGAGCUCACCCAGCGUUACAACUUCAUUGUACGAGCGACGGACAGUGGAGAACCGGCCCUCAGCAGUGAUGUCAGUGUCACUGUUUUUGUCACCGACAUGAACGACAACCCACCCAAUUUCAGCCAAACGCUGUACGAGGCCUUUGUCAGCGAGCUGGCUCCCCGAGGACACUUUGUGACUUGUGUUCAAGCGUCGGACGCUGACAUCUGUGAUGCUCAAGGCUGAGGUGAGAUAAAAAACGUUUUACAAAGAUCUGAGUACAGUCUCGUCUCUGGGAAUGACAUGACUUUUAUGCUGGAGCCUGAUACAGGGGUGCUCAGCUUGUCUAACAAGAGGAGACAAGGCAUGAAACUCUCCUAUCAGCUCAAUGUGUCUGUGUCAGAUGGAGUCUUCACCAACACUGCUCAGGUGAUUGUACGUGUGCUGGGAGCUAAUCUGUACAGCCCAGUGUUCAGCCAGAGGUUCUACCUGGCUGAGGUCAGGGAAAAUGCCCCUCCAGGGUCAAUGGUCAUUCAGGUUCGUGCUACAGACGAGGACUCUGGACUGUUUGGUCAGAUCACUUACUCGUUCAUCAAUGAUCUGGGCAAAACUCAGUUCACCAUUGAUGCAGAUGGAGUCAUAUCCACUCUUCGGAAAUUAGACAGAGAGAAUCCUGUUAACAAGGACAUGGUUCUGACUGUUAUGGCCCUGGAUGGUGGAGGCCGUGCAUCUUUUUGCACAGUGCGAGUGGUUCUUGCCGAUGAGAACGACAACGCCCCUCGGUUCAGAGCUGUGGAGUACCGCAUGAGCAUCAAAGCAAAUGUUGCCAAAGGGUCUCUGGUCACACAGAUCCAAGCCACUGACCCUGACGCUGGGUCUAAUGGGAGGAUCACCUAUUCCCUUUACAGCGAGGCUCGCCUGUCACUGGUUGAUGUGCUGGAGGUGGAACCAGACAGCGGUUGGAUGAUGACUAAAAGCACUGUGGACCACCUCCAGGGGACUGUGCUGUCCUUCUUCGUCAAAGCAACAGACUGCGGUUCUCCAGCAAAACACUCACUGGUGUCAGCCUUCAUCCACGUCGUCCCACCAGACGCAUUCGUUCCCUCCUUCAGCCAGCCUCAGUACUCCUUCACCAUCCCAGAGGACACAACAGUAGGAACAGCCCUGGGGUCUGUGUACAUGGGCCCCGGGCAGACUGGCUUCUUUAACACAAUUGCAGGAGAGACUGUUGACAGCAACCAGGGUGGGACCUUCCUGGUGGAGAGGGAUUCAGGUCUGAUUCGUCUGAUAAAGCCUCUGGACUACGAGCAGGUCAGCAUCUACCGCUUCAAAAUUGCCGCGACAACAAGAAGAGACCUGAUCGAGUCCGUCUCCACCGUAGACCUGGAGGUUAAGAUCCUAGAUGUGAAUGACAACAAGCCAGUGUUUGAGACGAACACCUAUGUUGCCACAGUCAUGGAGGGGAUGCCUGUGGGAACAAGAGUGGUCCAAGUGCGUGCACUUGAUCCAGACUGGGGCUCUAAUGGACAGGUUACGUACAGCCUCAAGCCUCUGCUCACUUACAACAUGGACCUGACUAAAGAUACUCGCUCGCUCCCCCUCACCGGCCCAAUCACUACGGGUUCUUUUUUCGCCAUAGACAGUAAAACAGGCUGGAUUACCACAGUGAGCCAGAUGGACCACGAGAUCUGCUCCAGCUUCAGCUUUGAAGUAGUGGCCUCUGAUCUGGGGGAAUCUCAGUCCCUCUCCUCUACCGCAGUGGUAACCAUCACAGUGUCGGACGUUAACGACAACCCACCAAGGUUUGAAAGGGAUCUGUACCGAGGCUCGGUGAAGGAGAGCGAUCCCCUGGGUGAGGUGGUAGCUGUGCUGAAAACCAAAGAUCAAGAUGGCACUGAUCAAAACCGCCUCAUCAGUUUUUACAUCACCGGGGGAAACCCGCGGGGUGUGUUCGGCCUGGCCCUCGUGCAGGGAGAGUGGAAGGUCUAUGUGAGCGGACUCCUGGAUCGUGAGCAGCAGGACUGGUAUUUGCUAAACAUCACAGCCAGCGAUGGCCUGUAUGUCGCUCGUACCGCAGUGGAGGUUACCGUCAUGGAUGCCAACGACAACAGUCCCAUCUGUAACCAGGCGGUGUACAGCGUCUCUUUUCCUGAGGACAUUCCCGUUAACAAGGGCAUCGUGACGGUGGCGGCUACAGAUGCUGACUCAGGCUCCAGUGCUGAAAUCCAAUAUUCACUCUUUGGGAUUGGGGUCGAAGAUUUCUACAUGGAUGCAAACACUGGUGAGCUGCGCACAGCCACAGCCAUGGACCGAGAAAUGACACCCAGCUAUAAACUCAUUGCCCAGGCAACUGAUGGAGGAGGGCUGUUCUGCCGCUCUGACAUUUCUCUCAAAGUGUUGGAUGUGAAUGAUAAUGCCCCCACUUUCUCCUCGCCUUAUUACCUGGCUAGUGUGUAUGAAAAUGCUGCCCCCAAGGCUUUGCUUACCCGGCUGCAGGCCAGCGACCCUGAUGAAGGUCUGAACCGUACGGUGAUCUAUUCUCUGGUGAAUUCAGUCGGUGAGUUCUUCUCCAUCGACCCGGUGUCUGGGAUGGUAAUUCUGGAGAGACCUCUGGACAGAGAGAGCCAAGACUCUUAUCGUGUUCGUGUCCAGGCAACAGACCAAGCUGGCCAACAGGGGGCACUGUCCUCACAGGUUGAUUUGACCAUUUUGGUGCUGGAUGUGAAUGACAACGAUCCCGUCUUCCAAAGGAGGGACUAUGGAGUUACUGUCCCUGAGGAUGUAGCCGUGGGAACAGAUGUCCUGCGCAUUUUGGCGACGAGUGCUGACAUUGGCCCGAAUGCUGAGAUCACCUACAGCAUCCGUUCAGGAAACGAGUUAGGAAAGUUCUCUAUAGAUGUCAAUACGGGCUCUAUUUCUGUGGCUGAUGAUUUGGACUUUGAAGUGUGUAAGGACUACUACCUCACCGUUGAAGCCUGGGACAACGGGGAUCCUCCUCUCAGCACUGCUACAAUGGUAACCAUUGAACUCAUGGAUGUCAACGACAAUGCCCCGGCCUUCAAUCAGGACAUCUACAACGUUCUGGUCAGCGAGGAUGCGUCUGUAGGGCAGUCGAUUACGAGGGUAUUGGCCGAAGACUUGGACAGCCAGGUGAACGGACGAAUCACCUACUCUAUCCUGAAUGGUGACCGCAGCAACCACUUCUGGAUCGACCCUGUAACGGGGGUGCUCAAAGUCAAUAAGAGGCUAGACAGAGAACUAGUAUCCAGGUACUCUCUGUCAGUGCAGGCGUUUGACAGUGGCUCUCCCGCCAUGUCUUCCACUGUCACCCUUAACAUCGACAUCUCUGACGUAAACGACAACCCUCCUGUAUUCACACCUCCCAACUCCACAGCCAUCAUACAGCUUAACCAGGCUGCUGACAUCACCCUGCUGAAGCUGUCAGUCAGUGACAAAGACUCCCCGAGAAAUGGCCCUCCCUUUGAGUUUCGUAUUGUGUCAGGAAAUGAGGGGAAUUUCUUCUCCCUGGACCAGACUGGAACUCUGAAGUCCAACUGUGCAUUUGGCCCUGAUGCCCCCAGAGAGUUCACACUUGAAAUCCAGGCAGGUGACUCUGGUAAACCUCGCCUCACCUCUUCGUCCUGGAUAUUCCUGAGAGUCAUCGGGAACAGUCAGUAUAAACCUGUUGUCUCCCCCUUGGAAAUCUUUAUCGUCAUGGUAACAGAUACCUUCUCCGGUGGCCCUAUUGGUCAGAUCUAUGCAACCGACCGUGACCCAAAUGAUGUGCUGUCGUUUACCCAGAAGCCUCAGCCAAAGAGCAUGUUUAAGAUUAAUAGACAGGAUGGCAGCAUUGUGGCUCUAGCAGGUCUUGAACCUGGCAGGUACCAGAUGAACGCCACUGUGAGUGAUGGACGCUUCGCUGUGAUAGCUGACGUCUCAGUCCAGGUGGAACAGGUGACGGAUGUGCUCCUGCGUAGCGCGCUGAACUUACGCUUCAGCUCACUGUCCCCGGAGGACUUACUGAGUCGCUACCUGAACCAAAUCAAACUAAUGUUACGGGGGAUAGCUGGCUGGAAAUGGUCGCCAGGACAACAGGAUCCCCUCCACAUAGUCAGUGUGCAGCCAGUGACAGGGACAUCAGGUGUGGACUUGCUGCUGGCAAUGGAGAGGCCAGAGACAUCAGGGAGUAGACGCAUGGGAGGGUUCUACUCCAGGAAAGAGUUCUCUGCAAAGCUGGACGAAGCAGGAGAUCGCGGUCAGAUUCGAGGCGUUCUAGCUGGGGCGGUGGUGGUGAGCAACGUUUGUUCUGGGCAGCUGGAUUGCGGGGAGAGGGUAUGUGAGCAGACACUGAUGAUGGAGAGCGGCUCACGUGUCUCCUACAGCACAGAGAGGGUCAGCUUGGUGACACCAAGGUUCAGCCGAACAGAGACCUGCACCUGCCCUGGAGGAAUAUGCCCCACUCCUAUGGAGCUUUGUGAGGGUCAGUCCUGCCCAGCAGACAUGCAGUGUGUCCGUUCUGGUCCAACAGCGCCAUCUGUCUGCCAGUGUAGGACUGAGAAAGUUGACGAGUGUGCAGGACAGACCUCUCUGAGUUUCUCUGGGAACAGUUAUAUAAAGUACAGAGUGACAGAGAGUGGCCAGAGCGGAGAGAUGAAGCUUGGCCUUAGAAUCAGAACACUUCAGAGAAGAGGAGUCAUUAUGUUCACACGUGUAAACCCCUGUACCAUGCUCAAGAUUGAAAGUGGGCGGCUCUGGUUCCAGCUGGACUGUGACAACACCCUCGGCAUUAUGGGAAUCUCUGGUAGACCAAUAAAUGACGGUCUCUGGCAUGCUGUUGCCUUGGAGCUGACAAGGAACUACACCCUUCUGUCACUGGAUGACAGCUAUGUGGAGCGCCGCCGAGCAGCCCGAGCCCCUGUUCGACUUUGGCCUCUGGCCCCCGAUUCAUCCUUUUUCUUCGGCGCCCAAGUGAGGCCACUUAACGGGCAAAUCGAGAGACCGAGCCCUGGGCCAGGGCAGAGUCUGGGAGGGCCAGAAGCAAGGGACCGAGGAGGGCGGGCACCACCAAGAGCCCAGGACGGCUUUCAGGGCUGUCUGAGCUCACUAAUGCUGAAUGGCAACGAGCUGCCACUUCAGAAUAAGAGAAGCCGAUACGCAGAGAUAGCUGGGCUGAACGAGGUCAAACUGGGCUGCGUGCUUUAUCCAGAUCCAUGUGUCAGUCAGCCGUGCCUCAACGGAGCCGUCUGCAGCAGUGUGCCCUCUGGAGGCUUCAUCUGCAGUUGCAGUGCUGGCUUCACUGGGGGGCGCUGUGAAAUGGCAUUGACAUCCUGCAUUCCAAACCCAUGCCAGAAUGGAGGGGACUGUAAGACUGCAGGCAGUGUGUUCCUCUGUGGCUGUCCCAGAGGACUUGGUGGACUUAUAUGUGACGAGGAUGUGAAUGAGUGCGAGCAGGACGGCUGCAGAAACGGUGGAGAGUGUGUCAACACAUUUGGGUCGUUCUACUGUAACUGCUCCGAGGGAUACGAGGGCCAGAUUUGUGAUGAUCUGACACCUGGUAAUCUGGGAGAUGACAUGCAGGCGGAGCCGCUGUCUUACAUCGGACCAGGAGAGAUAAUUGGCAUUGGCGUCCUCGCCUUUGUCAUCCUCCUCUUACUGAUACUCUUCAUGGCCUUUAGAAAGAAAAUCAAAUUUAGGAAGGAUUCUGACCCAGGACCGGGGACUGUAAUGGGUGUGUCAGCUAUUUCCACAGAAACCAGCUACAUGCUGCACAAAACUGGCGUGGGCGCAGAAGGGAUUGAGUUUAAAGCAGUGCGUGUGUCAGGUUCACCGGGGGCCACCAGCACGUAUGGGGAGGUCGGAGGCUGCACUGGGGGCCCUCCCCAGGUCAUGGUACGUCCAACUACCCACUCCCCUUUACCAGGAGGACUCAUCAACCACGGCCUGAGGAGCGGAGACGGUGAUAAGACGACCUCCAGUGAGAGCAGUCAGUUCAGCAGCUUCCUGUCAGACCUGUCUACUGUCCGAGGUAUGGCCAAUAGGAGGGGUGUUGCAGUGUGCAGUGUGGCACCCAAUCUUCCUCUGGCAUCGUCCUGCCACACAGAGCACAGUCCGGCCCACAAAGUGUCCUGGGAUGGCGAAGAAACUAGGGACGGGGGCCUGGAGAGGUUGAGAGACGAGCGAGAGGACGAGUGGGGGCAACGAGCUUUUCAGCUGGAGAGAACGCAGAGAGAAAGUAGUCCACAGGAGGUCUCACAGCUUGUGGAUGAGGUGACAUGCCUCUCAGACUCUAAUUCUGAGGAGCACUCCAUUAGCUCCUACACUUCUGAGUCCUUCGAUGACAAUGCCUCUAUAGUGACGGUCAUACGUCUGGUCAAUGACACUGUGGAUAAUAUUGAGAGUGAAGUGUCGAACAUGGACAAAGAACAGCGGCGGAGCAGCCCUGCGUACCACUGGGAGUCUUCCGGUCAGACCUCAAGCUGGUUGUCACCUUCACGUCUGCGCCCACAAGAGUCUGGAUCCAAUUUCGACCUGAGUGACACCCAGCAGAACAUCCGGCGAGGAGGCAGCAUGCGGUCCCUCCAGCUGGACUACAGCCUGAGGGGCUUCAGCGGAGACCGGGCCCGAGAGAAGGUACGAGAAACUGAGAAGAGGGCGUUCCAGUGGGAGAGGAACCAGUCAGGUGAGUGGGAGAGGAGACGUUUCCUGGACAAAGAAGAAUCCAGAAGUCCCGAAGAGGACGGUAAAAGAGGGGUGAGCCAGGAUCACACAGACCUUCUGCAGACCUUCAGCCACGACAGCUGUGAGGACUCACCUGUUUACGAGGAAUACCAAGAUUCAAGCCACAACCAGGAGGAAGGGGAAGACUCAGAGAGCCUUUAUGACACUUUACCCCCAACCAGAGCUGCAUAUGAAGGCUACCCGUCCAGCCCCCCAGGCAUCAACCUGCACCCUGCUCAGCUCUUGCCCCCCCUCAGGGCAUGGGACCUACAGGGAGGGGAGUGGAGGGAAUCGCAGGAAGACCAGGAAGAGCUUGGCUCUAACAGUCUGACAGGUUCUGGGGAUGAGCUGGAGAGACUACUGAACCUGGUGUCGCUCAGAGCCAGGAGAGCCACUCGAGUAAACCGAAACUCGACUAGAUCUGAACCUACAGACUGGGAGGGGUUCCAAUAAGCACACAAGACUGUACAAACCCAAUAGACUUAAUAUUUAUUGAUUAAUUAGACUGAUACAGAGACCCUCUGUGAUUAAACUAGACAUUUGAAAUACCACACUGCUGGUCCACAACCUUCAAAAUAAUUAAAGGAGAAUAUUACCAUAUAUACUUUUAUUAUCCCACAUUAUUAUCCGGCUGUAAGCAAACACUAAUCCCCCACCAAUCCCCCCGCUCAUUUAUAAUCAGGAGCAAUGAGAGGAAAUAUGCUUUUUCUCCUGACGCCUCUACCUGUGCUGCAUGAGAGUUAGCAGAGAUUGGCUGGGAAUCAAUGCUAUUACAUUUAAUAUUUAUGGAACCAGCGGAGCGCAGCAUUUAUUAACAUCGGAAUAUGAAACGAGCCAGCUUCUCUCUGUUUUAGAUGCUUGUAUGUACAUAUGUUAUCGUGCAUUUCAUACCUCAUUCCUUUGACGCACACAAUCAUUUUGUCUGCUCAACCGUGUAAUGCAUUUCUUAUUUUUAUUGACAUGAUACGCGGGGCUUUGAAGAGAACACAAGUCCCAGACGUAACCUCAGAGAUGCUAUUAAGAUGACCAUCAAAAUACUUGGGAGUUCAUUUCUUUCUUUCUUUAUUUUAUUUACUUAAUUAUAACAGCAUUUUAUUGGUUAGGUGGCUGCAUAACAAAAGCAUCAGGGGAAUAUGCCUCAUAUAAUUUCAAUUUAAUUCAGCCCUUAGGUUCUACUAUAUAUUUUUAUGACAUCAUAACUCAUGCCAGUUCACAUAUGGACAGAAAUAUGGUAUGCCCCUCAAUGUACAUUGUAAUCACCAAGGCCAUGCUACAAACUGAAUUAAGCCCACUUUAACCCCGGUAUUUAUAUGGGAUAUGAAUUUUCAGACUUUAUGUGCUAAAAGGCUUAGAGAAUUAUGUGGAAACACAGCCGUGAAGUGCAAAAGCACUCACCCGAGACGUGUACACACAUGGUCCCCACACUGAUAACACAGUGUAAAUGCUGCUGUGAUCCCAGUUCACACACAACAGAGCAGACUUCCACUCUAAUGUCAACCAGCUUUGAAACAAAGGACAAACAUGCAAUGGUUAACUUGGACUAUUUGAUGAUUUUUCUUCUUUUUUCAUAACAACAUGACAGAACAGUUGUGCCAGACUUAUCAAGUAUCCCCCGUUUCAUUUUGAAAAGACCAGAAAAACAAUGACAUAACCACUUAAAGUGCAAUGAAGAGAAAAACAUUCCAGUCUUAACCCAAGGACGUAAACAGCAAACAAUAAAUGCAGCUAACUGUUAUGCGCUGCUGAAGGACAGAGUAGAUAUUAUUAUGUGUCAGACAGUGCAUACUGUAUAAGUCUCUUAAUGAAGAUGUAACCCUGUAAACAAAGGUAGCUCUUAAGGCUGACAGAGAUUCAAGGACACAAAUACCAAUAAAAACUCUUUAAAGACAUCAGUAGCUUUUGUUGUGUGAGUGGACGUUUUUUUGCUAAAUAAAAAUUGGUUGGGGGGGGAGUAGUUUUUCAUUAUAAGUGAAGAGAAUUUUAUUCUGAUGGAAGUGUUCACAUAAAUUCUUUGAAAGUGAUGAAAAAUAAACAACAACACAAAUAGCUGCAUUCUAGCCAACAGGUCUCAACAUGGUCCUGAUCAGAGUUACCAGCCUCACAUUGGGAUUCCCAUUUAUCCAUUACCCCUUUUUCCUAUUCCUGUCCGGGCGUACCCUCUAAGUGGGUUUGCUGUGAGGACAGCUCUGUUAACAAGGAGAGACACAUCCCCUAAAGGUCAGACUAACACAUGACAGGAACACAUUCACACAUUUGGGCACUUUAUGGUUUCUAGCCAACAUGAUGGGACUAUGGAAAAACCAACUGAUUACUGUGAGAAAUUCAACAUAACAAAAGCAAAAUGGAAGAUUGAGACCUUUAUAUUGUGAACCAGCUCUACUUACGCCUUGGCAGUCAUGUUUUGCUACUUUUUUUUCCAACUAUUGCAGAUGAAUGAUCUCGCAAAGUACCUUUAAAUCUGUCAGAUUUUCUGUUCGUGUUUUUCCUCAGGUGGCUGAUUGACACACUGUGUGGCUGCAAAUUACAAGGACUUAAUGAACUUGUUUCUAGUCAGGCAGAUUCAUACUUCAUUGGAAGGAAUUUGUAUUUAUCAUAGGUUUGAAUAUGUAGGCCACCUGCUGUGCUGCUGAACGUGAGCUAUAGCUGAACACCAGCUACAUGACAUGAAUAAUACCCGUGACAAUUAUAAAUAAAUCAUGUCAGUCUCGUCACGAGUCUUACGUUUUUGUUUUCUUUCCUUUCUGUAUGGGAUCUGGCAGAUUCAUUUAGCAGAGCUUACAGUUAUCGUGGU